AUGAGCGACAAGCGAAAAGAAAAGCAACACUUGAAGGAGCUCGGAAUAGUUUUCGUGACAGCCAUUCUGCCAGAUCAAUUUCCAAAGCACCUAUUCAAGACGUUUCAGAAAAUCAGAUCCUGUAGAAGAGUCGAUAUCUCUACCUUCCAUCCAAUCGGCCCAGGAGUACCGCUUGAACGAGCCGUCUGGAGGAAUGAAACGGCGAACCGUGCAAGGGAGAUCGUUGCAAUCGCGGCGGCUCUCAUAGAAGAUGCGACUACCGAGAUGGAAGUGCGCCUAAGAUUGGAGCAGAAAGUUCUUGCGCGUUUCAAUAUGACUAUUGAGUGCCCAUCUCUAGCCUGCAAGGGACGAUUAUGGAGAUCAGAAGUAGAAGCAGAGGUAGAGUUUCCAGGUCGCAUCGCCAAGAGUCUGGCAGAUCGGCGACCAGACCGUCGACCGUGUCAGUGUCUGCCGGGAGAGAGGUCAUCACACGUAAACAAAAUCUUCUCAAGCCGAGCAGACGAAAUGACCUCCUACGAUUCCUUAGAAAAUCAUUCUGAGGAAACCCCCAAGAGAAGACGGCCUGACCGCAUCCUCGGAUUUCAAGAAACGGCAAGCUUCUGUCGCAGACUUGAAAAACAUAAUCUUAUGGCUGGAUCUAGAGGAGCAGAAAACGAAACUGGCCUGGAGGCUAUAGGUGAAACGAUACAGAGCACUGUCUUGAAUCACAAGGGGAACUCUCUUCUCUUCCCAUUCCUGAUUAUCGAGGCAAAAUCAAAAAAGGGAGGGUCGUUCGAAGAUUGCAAUAUACAGACCGCCUUGCCAAUUUUGAAAACGUUGAAAAUACAGGAAGACUUGCAAAGGAAGUCUCAAAUGACCCUGGAGUAUGGGGGUCCUUUGGUCUGGUAUAUCGCAUAUAGAGGUGAAGACUGGCGUCUAUCGGGCUGCUAUACCUUGCAUAAGACUGGUGGGCCAUCAUACGAGAUUGUAACUCUUUGGACUGGUCAAUUGAACGACGUAGAAAGCACGCUUCAGCUACUUCUGAUCAUUGACUACAUAUUCGACUGGGCUCGCGAUAUAUACAAGCCUUCCUUGAUCUCUCAAUUAAAAAUCCUCGCAAACGAGCCUGCUGAGGAGGAUGAUCACACCCGCAAUGAUGACUUGAGCAGAAUCGACACGGACAGUGACAUUUUCUCACUUGCACGUCCAAAGCAGCCCAGGACUAUCGAGGAUUGGGGAGCCGCUCUUGAGGAUGAUGCAGAAGUGGUAACAGACGAAGAACUGAGUCUCAUGAAGUGGGCAAGUCACGAUACGGACUUUUGUGUUUUCCGCCCAGCGUGUAUCGUCCAGAACGUAUUUCGAUGCCUUUUCGUAACGAAAGAAAAUAUCGAUGCACUUUUCUCAUCUGUGCCCAAGCGAUGCACUGUUAAGCAGCUUGCUAGGCAGGCUCACAGUGUUCUGGGUUAUGGCACCACUUUGGUGUCAGAAGAUGUACUCGACAGGAUUGAAGAGGUCUGGACGAACAAAACUAGGCCGAAGAAAACUGGGCAUAUCUCGGAAACACGGCUUUUCGCAUCCAUCGUUUAUCACGCAGAUGUGACGUGGUCCUGGGAGCUGCAAAGAAUUAUCUAUUGUGUCGCAUUCGACGAGGAAGCGUUAAGUAAAGCUAAAGACUAUACUCAACAAAAAGGUCCCCCUCAUGCUUUCAAAUAUGCCAGAAGAAUUGGGAAGGGCAAUGCAGAAGCCUUGAUCAGUGCCUUAAAGAACCAGACUAUUCAAGAAAACCUCGCAUCGGCGUUGGCAUCAAAAAGACAGAAAUUACAUACAAGUGCUGGUACUUCAUCGUCAAAUUCUUGUCCUACCUUCGAGUUCGUUGAUGCCACUUACGCUCCGAACGGGUGGGGCGAAAAGAAGACAUACGAGGUAGUAGAUAGGGUAUAUGAUUGGUGUGAGAAGAAUUCAGAGGAGCCAUCGGAGUCAUUUCUUCGAGUCUCGCACCAAUGGAGCUCGCUGACUGGGAGUUCCACCGGUUCGACCGUUGCAUCAUACUUCCCAAAUUCUGAACCUGAAACUACAGAGCAGUCUGUUCUGGUAGCACGCGAAAUGUACUUCUCGAAUUCAUCUCUGUGUAUUUACGUCAUUCCAGGUCUCGCUGAGGAUACAGAGCAACAGCGACUGCGAAAGGCUUUACGGAAAGUAUCUGGACUCAAUGUACUGUACAUGGCCUCGCGGGGUAAAAAUAGCUCAAAUCGUUGGAAAGAUGUUUACAAGAAGUGGCGAACCACGGAUUCCGAAAGCUGCCGCAACCAAAUCAAGGCCCUUAACAAAUGGGUAGCCGCAAUGCCAAAUAAGGCCUCAGCUAGACUUCCUGUUGUAUCUUCAACUGCUAGGAAAGCUAAGCAAAAGCUUAUAGAACGCCCACCUCUUCUACAAGACACCCAGGCAUCACCUACAUCUUCUUCACGAUUGCCAACACCACCUUCUUCCACUUUACCCGUCGUCAUCAAGGCUGAAAGCAAUCUCAAGCGUCCUCGCGAAGUGGCCGACAUUAGCAAUGUUCUAACAAUCCAGAAGAAAGCCAAAAAAGAAAUCAUCAUCAUCGAUGAUUAG